AUGCCGCGUGGUGGUCUCCUGUUCGACCCUCUGGACGAGGCAUGCACACAGCUUCAGUCGAUGGCGCUCGAGAUGCCUGCCUGCUCCCGCUUCAGCGACACGUCUUCCGCUCCAGCUGCGAGGCGAUCGGCACAGGACGUCAAGUCCCAGUUCGAUCGCGCACUGGUCGAGGGCGCGAAGCGGGAGCAGCAGCGCGUCGCUUUGGCCCCCGAUGCUCCUGGUGGCCUCUGGGCAGGUAAUCAAGCAUCCAAGCGUCGCCGCACCGAGCAGCAGGCAGAGCGUGCACGCCGCCUCGCGCGCCGCAAGGAAGAGAAGCGUGCGCGCAAGGCCCGCGGCGCCCGCCAAGCCUCGUCGGGUGGCAGCAGCAGCAGCACCGAUUCGCCUACCGAGUCAGACUCAGCCAGCCCACCGAGCGACUCGUCGUCGUCGUCGGAUCCCGUCACGCCUCCCUCAGAGCCGGCAGAUACCCCGUCCUUGGCCUCGACGACACUGGCGUACCGCAAGGUGGCGCGACGGGCCAUACCCUCUAUGACAGACUCGCGUAUUCGAGGCGCCGACCUCUAUGUGGUCCGCCUUUUACAGGACACCGAGUCCAAGGCCAAGGCGAAGGAGCAGCGUCGAAAGCAUCAACAGAGGCGCGGCGUUACGAUCGUUAGCGCGGCCCCCUCACCAGCGAUACCCGUCCCAGCCAUCCCGCGCUAUGCGGACAGCCGCCCGUGCUGGCGCUGCCUCGAGUGGAUGUAUUGGGCAGGUAUCAAGCGCGUAUUUUGGACGGACACCGACGGCGAUUGGCACGGCGGCAAAGUGUCCGAGCUCCUUUUCGGAGGCAUGGCCGCUGGCGGGUCCGUGUCCUAUGUGCCCGUGCACCUGACCCAAUAUGAGCAUGCCGCUGCCAUGCUGCGGCAACGCACGGUACCACCGGGAUGA